GGACGAGGCUGAGGUGGAGGAGGAGGAAGAAGGAAAAGGCGAUGGAGGAGGACGAAGAGAAGGAGGAGGCAGCGAUAAAGGAGGACGAAGUGGAGGAGGAGGUUGAAGAGUAGGAGGAGGAAGAGGAAGAGGAGGUGGGGAGGCCGAGGACAAGGAGGAGGAAGAGGAGCAGGCGAUGGAGGGGGAAGAGGAGCACGAGGAGGAGGAGGAGGAGGAUGAGGAGGAUGAGAAAGAGACGAUGGAGGAGGAGGAGAAGGAGGAAGAGGAGGAAGAGGAGGAGGAAGAGGAGGAGGAAGAGGAGGAGGAGGAGGAGGAGGAAGAGGUGGAAGACAAGGAGGAGGAGGAGGACGAGGAGGAGGAGGAGGAGGACGACGGAGACGAGGAUGGGGAGGAGGCUCACCUUAGCGACAGUGGGGCAGCGGGGCAGCAAGCGGUGGGGCAGCGAGGAGGAAGAGGAGGAGGAGGAGAAGGAAGAGGAGGAGGAGGAAGAGGAGGAGGAGGAGGAGGAGGAGGAGGAGGAGGAGGAAGAGAAGGAGGAAGAGGAGGAGGAGGAAGAGGAGGAGGAAGAGGAGGAGGAGGAGUGAGGUGGAAAAUGACGAGGAGGAGUGAGGUGGAAAAUGACGAGGAGGAGGAGGUGAAAGACGAGGAGGAAGAGGAGGAGGAGGUGGAGGAAGCCAAGGAGGAAGAGGAGGAGGAGGAGGAGGAAGAGGUGGAAGACGAGGAGAAGGAAGACAAGGAGGAGGAGGAGGAGGAAUGGCGGAAGAUCAAGCAAGCCUGGACAGAAGACGAGGAACAGCGAAAGAACGAGAGACUGAGGUUUUACAAGAAUUGGUUGUUAAACAACAAGAUUGCAGAGUGCCACGUCAGCAACAGUGCCAUGUCACCAACUGUGCCACAUCAGCAGUGCCACAUCAGCAACAGUGCCACAUCAGCAGUGCCACAUCAGCAGUGCCACGUCAGAAGUGCCACGUCAGAAGUGCCACGUCAGAAGUGCCACGUCAGAAGUGCCACGUCAGAAGUGCCACGUCAGCAAUGCCAUGUCAGCAACACCACCAUGACGGUCUCAGUUCUGGGCAUGCCAGGCCAACUGGCCAAUGAGUCCAUUGCCGAGUACCGACAGCGGUUUGAAGCUCAGCUCGCACUGACCGAGGCUGAGGAACAGCAUCAGGCGGCAGCCGAGGCUGCCCGCCUACAAGCUGAAGCGGCGGCAGCAGCUGAAAAACAGCGGCUUCAGGCCGAAGCAGACACAGAUACCCAGGCACACCGCAAGGAGGCCCAGGAUCUGCUACAGUGGCACGAAGCUGCCAGCAUCGAAAAGCUCAAGUUCUGGCAUUUUGACCCAUCAGAGCAGCACGAAGACGCGACACCGGAAGAGCAGCACAAGGAGUUCCUGGCCAAACUCGUGACCCCGUUGGUUUACACUUGUAACCACCUGCAGUCCGAGCUGGCGAACCUCCGACAGGCGGUGCGGAACCACAAGGAUCUGCACGAGGAUGCUACACGGGCACUUGAUUCCCGUGUACAGGACUUGGAGCAAGUUGCACCAAGACCAGAUGCUGGCGAGUCCAGCAGUGCACCCUCUACCCGCCAAUUGGAGGAACGAGUUGACCACGUAGUCGCAAUGCUCGGCGACAUCAGCACCUUCGCUGCACCAGCCACCAUCUGCAAGCAGUUGGACACCUUGAAGACCGAGGUUCAGCAACUGCACCAGCGGCCCAACAAGGAUGGCAACACCAGUGCGCAGCACUACAAGAUGCCGACAUUCCAAAUCGAAAAUGGCGCGACCGGUAUGGCUGCUGUUAUUGGUGCAACAGCAAGGCAAGGAGGAUGUUCGGCCUCGCAUCAACUCGGGAAACUGAGUUGCGCAGGAGGUGAGGCGACUCCACCUCUCACUCCGCCAGAUUCGGCCGCCUUGCUAGCGGCCUCCUACACAUCUGGGGAGGAUGCGAAUGUCGCAAGUCCUCGGUUCACUUACGAGGAUUAUGCUGUCCACUUGGUCCCACUGUUGGACCAACCACUCCACGUGCAACAAUCCACCGCAUGCACAGUUUCACUACCAUCGGCAACCGAUUCGGCAGCUUCGCCGCCAUCUAUUGCCGGGGAUUCGACGACAUGGUCAAGACUUGAAGAGCUCGACCCGUUGACGUUUGCGGACUUCCAAUGGAUGCCCCUUCCCCCGUCCGGUCGAUUGCCGAAACCGCAUUGCAACGUUCUCAUGGCACAAUUGCGGGAUUACUUGCACACUGCAGUACCAACUCCAUUGAUGGACGUCGGAGUAGAAGUUGUCGACCUUCACGACUACGUUGAGAAGAUCGACAGCGAGUUCAAGACACAACGGUACGACGACAUCGACGCGCCAUUGUUGUAUAUACGCAUUCAGAUCGGAGAGGCGACCUGCAGCGCUUUGAUCUAUUGCGGAGCUACUCGCAACUACAUGAGCCAAGACUUUAUGGACCCACGCAUCAGCGAGCUUCUCGAUGCCUACGGCGACGUGUUCGAAGCCCCGCACGGAGUAGUACCGGAUCGGCCCAUCCGCCACGAAAUCAUCCUUGAGGCCGGGGCCGUACCUUCGCGUGGUUGCAUCUACCGCAUGAGCAAGGAAGAGUUAAGUGUGCUACGGGCACAACUCGACGACCUUCUCGAGGAAGGCUGGAUUCGGCCUGACUCUUCGCCAUACGUUGCCCCCGUUCUCUUCGUCUGGAAGAAGAACAAGGAUUUGCGGUUGUGCAUCGAUUAUCGCAAGCUCAACGCACAAACCGUCAAGAACGUCGGCCCUCUUCCGCGCAUCGACGACCUCCUCGAACGGCUGGGCGGCGCUAAGUUCUUCUCCAAGCUUGACCUCAAAUCGGGAUAUCAUCAACUCGAGAUCCGGCAGGAGGACCGCUACAACACCGCGUUUAAGACGCGAUAUGGGCAUUUCGAAUGGCUGGUUAUGCCUUUUGGCCUUAUGAAUGCCCCGACCACAUUCCAAGCGGCUAUGACAACGGAGUUCCGACACAUGCUAGAUAGAUUCGUACUCAUCUACCUUGACGACAUCUUGGUGUACAGUCGGAGUUUGGACGAGCAUGUGGAGCACAUGCGCACCGUUUUGGAGCGGCUACGACAAGCCAAGUACAAAGCCAACUGCAACAAAUGCAAAUUCACACGGCAAGAGCUGGAGUACUUGGGACAUUAUGUGACGCCGCAAGGCAUCCGUCCGCUUGCGGACAAGAUCGAGGCCAUCCGCGUAUGGUCAGAGCCCACCAACACCACGGACGUUCGCUCAUUCAUGGGGUUGGCAGGCUACUAUCAACGCUUCAUCACCGGGUACUCAAGGAUUGUCGCACCUGUGACGAGAUUACAAUCGCCAAAGGUGCCAUUCAUAUUCGAUGACGACGCACGCCGGUCAUUCCAAGCACUCAAGAUGGCCAUGCUCAUGGCAGCCGUCCUUAGCAUCUACGACCCCACCCUGCCAAUGAGAGUGACAACUGACGCUUCCGGCUAUAGCAUUGGAGCAGUUUUGGAACAACACCACGACGACGACUGGCACCCCGUGGAGUAUUUCAGCCACAAAGUGCCUCCCAUCAAUUCACUUGAUGAUGCAAGGAAGAAGGAGCUGCUCGCGUUCGUGGUGGCUCUCAAGCAAUGGCGACACUUCCUCCUUGGGCGUCGUAGGUUCACACGGGUCACGGACAACAACCCAUUGACCUACUACAAGAUGCGGGAUACGGUGAGCAGCACGAUCGGACGAUGGAUGUACUUCAUCGACCAAUUUGACUUCACACCGAAACAUCUCGCUGGCCUCUCCCAUCACGCAGCAGAUGCACUCUCGCGAAGACCCGAUCUUUGCGCUAUGACACAUCAUGCCUUCGCAUUCGACGAGGAACUCCAGCGACACUUCAUCCGGGGCUAUGAGUCUGAUCCGGAUUUCGCCACGUUGUAUGCACAACUAUCUUCGGAUCACCCGUCGGCCAGCCACUAUUGCAUCAUCGAGGGGUACUUGCUCCUCCACUCGAGAGGCAAGGACUUACUGUGUGUCCCACGAGACCGUCGUCUUCGGACUCGCCUUCUCGCGAAGGAGAAGACCACGACUGUAGGAGACAACAUCUCCACGAAGAGUGCUACGAGGAAAAAGAUCCCAGCUGCAAUGAAUCUAUUAGAGGGAAGUGAUUCACACACUGUGCAAGAGGCACAGGAUAGCAGGACUCCGUGGAAGUCCUUAAGGCGAGUGAGCGAGUUGUUCAAUGAGGUGAGCAGAGCUCUGGGUUCAGGUGAUACAAUUUUACUGCAACGCGGUGGGGUGUACAGGGGCACACUUGACUUGACCUCACGGAGGGACGUCCUAGAGAAUAUCACCAUCAGCAACUAUGGGAAUCUUUACCUGCCGCUCCCGAGGAUUGUGGGUGCAGUGGUUGUCAGUGCAGCUAGUCAUGAUGCUGUCACAGCAUCUCUACCUGACGCAGAAGCGGAAGCAGCAGUUGGAACUAUUACAGAAACAGGAGAGGACUGGAAAGAGGUCUUGGAAGUAUCCCUUCAAAGUGCUCUUGGUAAUAAACAGGAGAUUAAGAAACCGAAACCGCGUGUGGCUCAAACACUGUACAUGGACCAGCAGGUCCAACCUAUGACACGGUUCCCAGAUGUCUCUGUGAAUAUAUCAAUGGCAAUGAUGAAGUUGUCUGGUGAUAAUCAGGCCUAUCCAUGGCUUGGUGAGAGUUUCUUGCAUUUCUCUAGCUGCCAUGGUGAUGUCUACCAGCUCAACUUCGUUGUCCACGAUUCCAUGUUUACGAGGGCUGCUGCUGCGACACACGCAGUCAGUGACGGGGGCAGUUACUGGAGUGGUGCACAGUUCAUAUUCAGGAGCUCACCCACAACCUACAGUCGUGGACUGGUGAAGAAUGUCACCAUGACUCCGGGAUCGGAUCCCUCACAAUACUCAACUAUGAGUAGCACUGGGCCAUCAAGUAUGGAUUCCAAGAAUGGCAAUGAAUUUGGCUCUGGCUCUGGGUAUGGCUCUGCCCAGGGAGUAUACGUGACUGUAACUGACAUUGAAGGGCCAUUGCCUCUUGCUCGGAUGUGUGCCGAGGGGGGUGUUGGAGGGGGAUUUUUCAUUCAAGGGGUCAAAGGCGAACUAAAUGAACCAGGAGAGUGGGCCUUCAAUCCCUACACAUCCAUGCUUUACGUCUUGCGUGACCGUGACAGUGUGCAAGCAACAGAGUCGUCGACUAUUUACACAAUGCAGGAGGAGAAGACGACAAGUGAGGAAAAGGCGAGAAAAGAGGAGGAGAAAGGUGUCAUUGAGGUUACAGUCCAUGACAAGGGGAUCGCUGUAUCUCGGACCCGUUUUUUCACAGUUCAAGGCAUUCAGGUGGAGAAAUUCAGUGCAGUAGGGAUUGGCACAGUGCCAAACACAUUCUCUGAGGAUGAGGACAACUACGGGUUCCGUAUUAUCGACUCCACGAUAGAGGGAAUUGAUGGAACAUGUAUUAUGCUCAGGGCUGCUAAAUCCAUGAUUGAACGCACUUAUGUGUCCAAUUGUGGAAAGAUUGGAAUUGAUCUUGCUGGGAAUGAGAAUGUUGUUAGUUGGAGCACAGUCAAGAAUGUGGGUUUGCGGCCAGACCUGCUCGUGGGAUCUCCAGCUGGCUUGCUGGGACGUCCAACAGCUGUCAACCUGCAAAUCAGCAACAACAUAUUCUGGAAGAUGGGAGGAGCUGCUCUCGCUAAUCUUCCCAGGGGAAGCAAAGUGGAGAACAACUACAUAACGGACACUUUCUUGUUGCUGACAAUGGAAGAGCCCCUUCUUGGGAUUGGGAGUGUAAUGGCUAGUGGGGAGGUGAUGGUCAGCCAUAAUAUUAUAAUUAGGUCAUUUGGUAAUGAUGACAGCCUUACAAAAGGUUGGACGACACCAUUGGACGCAGCUCUUCGUGGCACCACCAACGCUAGCAGCAGUGCACAUGAAGCACAAGACAAUUACUCACCCACAACCGGAUCUAGAAUCAGCCAGAGUAAACGUCAUCUGACAUCCUUCAUGACACCAUGCAUCUUCAUGGGUGAGCAAGCAAGAGGUAGUGUUGUAAUAAAAAACACUCUAGCUCACUGCAGGUUCGCUGUAUUUUCCAAAGGUGCUGCAGGGAUGCGGAUUGAGGGUAAUGUCAUCUUCGACUCAGGAUCACCUGCUAUGCAAGUUAUUGGUGGUCAAUCCAACAUCGUAGAGGGGAACAUUUUGUAUCUUGUUGAGGGGCAAACCAGAUUUUUUGGGGAGAGCCUGUCCCCAGACCAGCCUUCUUCAGAAAGUUUAUCUUCAGCAUCGUCUUCCUCAGGAUCUCAAUCUUCUUCUAGUGCUGUUAUUUCUUCACUUGCGGUUGAGGGAGGUGUAACAUACAUAGGCAAUAUGCUUUGCAGUCCUUAUAGCACAGAUGCUGUCAUAAUGUUUCGGGAAAUGGCCAGAGGAAGAGAGAGCUCAAAUGAUGUCUGUAAAAUCCGUCCCAAAGUAACUGGUCGCUAUCAGUAUACUUCCAACAACUUGAUCAACUCCACUUGGGAAGCCGUUGCUGAAGACAAACAAGAACCAGGCUUGGAUUUGGGAUCCAACUCAGACAGCAGCAGCUCUUCUGCUACCGGAUUGGUGAAGCACCUGGAAAACACGUGGUUAGUCUACCCUGAUAAUGUAGUUGCCACGGUGGUUGGUGCCAAUCAGCAUUGCGCUGGACCUUGCCUCAAAAUCACACCCAUGAGCUUUGAGUCAUCCCAUACAAUCCGCAUCAUUGCUGCAGCUAAUGUCGCCUUUGAUGCUGGAGAGCAGUACCUGAUCAGGUUUGAGAUUGCUAUGGAGAAUCACAGUGGCUGGGCAGUUAUUCAGCCAGGACAUGGUGAAUACAACAUGAGCCCGUUUAACGAUGAUGGCUACACAAUCUUGGAGCAUGUAUACAGAGAGGACAGUGCGAAUGGCUCUGUGCAGAACAUUGAGCUCUUUUUAUCACGGAAUUCUACAGUGUAUGUAAGGAGCGGAACAGCCCACAGAGUGAAGCCCUCCACGCUGCCCAGGGAUCGCCUGCUUGUGAAUGCUCAGGCACGAACCCAGGACUUCCAUCUCAAUCCAGAUGAAGUGAACUACAAAGUUGAUGGAGAAAAGGUCAAUGGUUCAGUUGUUACCCUUCAACCCUGGUCCUCUACUAUACUAUACAGGGAAAUAGCUGACAUGUUUCCUACAUCCCAACCUCGCACUGAUUCUUGGCCGACUUCAUAUUCCUUGGAGAAACUAGAUGACCAAAGCAGUGGCAGACUCGAUGUUGUAGGUCUGCAACCCAUUCCUGUGAGAGAGCUGAACCACCUCGCCGAGGCUGAUGUGCUACCGACACUGGAAGGACCUGGCACUCAGCCAGGUGAUAACAUGUUGUUCCAGGUAGUGGAGCCGCCAUCAGUGUCCUUACUCCCAGAACUUUUUAAUGCAACGGAACAACUUAGUGUCACUCCCACCAGCUCAAGCUCUCCUCUCGAGGGACAUUUAGAGGGUAUACCUUCUCCUCCGGAGGCUGCUACGCCUCCUGCACUGCCUCCUGCAGUAAGUCUUCCUCCUGAAGGCCUCCUGCCUGUGGACGAACUUCCAGCAACUAGUUCCGAAAUUACUCCUGCUUUAUCACCUACAGACGCUCCUCCUACCCCACCAGCACCACCACUUCCCCCUGCCUCCCCUCCACCCCCACUGUCGCCAACACUUCCUGCUUCCCCCCCCCCAGCACCUCCAUACAAUCCUCCCCCUGGCCCCGUUUCCAUCCCUGAGGAGUGGCCACCUGGUGACCGCACCCCUUCUCCUCAGACCCCCAAGAGCCCCAAUGACACCAUACCCCCUGAUGAGGGAAUUGACGCACCUCCCACUCUAUUAAACAUAGGCCCAGUUGAAGCCCCUUCAUCCACACCUGAGGACAGCACAGAUGAGCCUGAGAAAUGUAAAGCAAAAGCUGGUAAAUCUUAUAGCUCUGGCGCUGCUGCAGGUAUUGGUUUUGUCUGUGCACUUGUUGUCAUUGCGGCAUUCUUUUCUGGGUUAUCUUUGGGGCGUGGAGUGUGGAAAAUUUCCUGUUUACAAGUACAACAGCGGGUACCAGCUCCGUUGAUGGAUGCCGGAGCAGAGGUUUUCGACCUUCACGCUUUCAUCGCGAAGAUCGACCGCGAGUUCAAGACGCAACGGUACGACGAUAUCGACGCACCAUUGCUAUACAUACGCAUUCAGAUCGGAGAGGCGACCUGCAGUGCCUUGAUCGAUUGCGGAGCAUCUCGCAACUACAUCAGCCAGGACUUCAUGGUACGCGCCGGCCUUGGCCCACGUGUCCGGAGGAAGUCCCCRCCUACGCAAGUCACUCUGGCAGACGGUCAUACGCACAAGUCCAUCGACCGAUGCAUUGACGCCGUCCCAGUGUACUUUGCCCCCCACGCAAGUGAGGCGGUGUCCUUCGACAUUCUGGACACCAAAUUCGACAUAAUCUUGGGCAUGUCAUGGCUGCGAAGCAAGGAUCACCUUGUGAACUUCUUCAACCGCACCGUUCACGUUCGCGACCGGAACAAAGUAUUAGUUCCAUGCACGGUGCCUUUUCCUCAUCCUUCGAUCAACUGCCACGUGGUAUCCGCCGCAAGCAUGCGAGUUUCCAUCAUCAGAGACGACAUCGAGGAGAUGGGGGUGUGUUUUCUCCACGCCCUCCCGCCACAUGACGCUUCAUCGACGGACUCACCUUCGGAUCCACGCAUCACCGAACUUCUCGACGCCUACAGCGACGUGUUCGAAGGCCCGCAUGGAAUAGUACCGGAUCGACCCAUCCGCCACGAGAUCAUCCUCGAGGACGGGGCCGUACCUCCGUGCGGUUGCAUCUACCGAAUGAGCGACGAAGAGUUAAGUGUGCUUCGGGCACAACUCGACGACCUUCUAGAGAAAGGCUGGAUUCGGCCUAGCUCAUCGCCAUACGGUGCUCCUGUUCUCUUCGUCCGGAAGAAGAACAAGGACCUGCGGUUGUGCAUCGAUUAUCGCAAGCUAAACGCGCAGACGAUCAGGAACGUCGGCCCUCUCCCACACAUCGACGACCUUCUCGAGCGAUUGGGAGGCACCCAAUUCUUCUCUAAGUUGGAUCUCAAGUCAGGGUACCACCAACUCGAGAUUCGCAAGGAGGAUUGCUACAAGACCGCGUUCAGGACUCGGUAUGGGCAUUUCGAAUGGCUGGUGAUGCCAUUGGGCCUUACGAAUGCCCCAGCCACUUUCCAAGCGGCUAUGACGACGGAGUUCCGACACAUGCUGGAUCGUUUCGUACUUAUAUACCUCGACGACAUUCUGGUUUACAGCCGGAGUCUGGACGAACAUGUGGAACACCUGCGCACCGUUUUGGAGCGGCUACGACAGGCCAAGUACAAAGCAAACCGCGACAAGUGCGAGUUCGCACAGCAGGAGCUGGAGUACUUGGGACACUAUGUGAUGCCGCAAGGCAUCCGUCCGCUUGCGGACAAGAUCGAGGCCCUACGAGUAUGGCCCGAGCCCACCAACACCACGGACGUUCGUUCAUUCAUGGGGUUGGCGGGCUAGUAUCAGCGAUUCAUCACCGGAUACUCCAGGAUUGCUGCACCUAUGACGAGGUUACAGUCGCCAAAGGUCCCAUUCGUAUUCGAUGACGACCCACGCCGGUCAUUCCAAGCACUUAAGACGGCUAUGCUCAUGGCACCCGUCUUUAGCAUUUAUGAC